UACAGUGAGAAAAAGCUUGCACUCCAGCUAGGCGCUCAGUCCGGCACAGACGCUCGAAGCUGCCCUCCGAGCAACCACUUCUCCGCAGUUUCUUUUGGGGGUUUUGUUGGUAGACAAACUAUAAGCAGCCAUGGAUGCCAUCAAGAAGAAGAUGCAGAUGCUCAAACUGGACAAGGAGAAUGCCUUGGACAGAGCAGAGCAGGCUGAGGGAGACAAGAAAGCAGCUGAGGAGAGGAGCAAACAGCUCGAGGAUGAUCUGGCAGCUCUGCAGAAGAAGCUGAAGGCAACUGAGGAUGAACUGGACAAGUACUCCGAGGCCCUUAAGGACGCCCAGGAGAAACUGGAACUGGCUGAGAAGAAAGCCACAGAUGCUGAGGCUGAUGUGGCCUCCCUGAACAGACGUAUCCAGCUGGUUGAGGAGGAGUUGGAUCGUGCCCAGGAGCGUCUAGCCACCGCCCUGCAGAAGCUGGAGGAGGCAGAGAAGGCUGCUGAUGAGAGCGAGAGAGGCAUGAAGGUCAUUGAGAACAGAGCCACCAAGGAUGAGGAGAAGCUGGAGCUGCAGGAGAUCCAGCUGAAGGAGGCCAAGCACAUUGCUGAGGAGGCCGACCGCAAAUAUGAGGAGGUGGCCCGUAAGCUGGUUAUCAUUGAGGGAGAUCUGGAGCGUACCGAGGAACGUGCUGAGCUGACUGAGGGGCAGGUGCGAAAAGCAGAGGAGCAACUGAGAAUUUUGGAACAAAACUUAAAAUCAUUAAUGGCUGCUGAAGCACAGUACUCACAGAAAGAGGACAAAUAUGAGGAGGAGAUCAAGGUCCUCACCGACAAGCUGAAGGAGGCUGAGACUCGUGCUGAGUUUGCCGAGAGAACAGUAGCCAAGCUUGAGAAGACCAUUGAUGACCUGGAAGAGAAACUGUCCCUUUCUAAAGAAGAGAACCUCAACAUGCGGCAGAUGCUGGACCAGACGCUAAUGGAGCUAAAUAGUAUGUGAGGGCCGGGAGUGUGUGGUGUGUACCUGCCAAGCACACUAGCCCCCACCGCCACCGAUGCCACCUCGACGGGAUGGACACCACCCGCCGCUGUUGUUCCCGCUUAGACAAAAUUCAGCAACUGGGGGGGGGGGUCUCAAGAAUCACUGUCCCCUACCGCAGAAGUCAGUCAUUCAUAAAACUGGAAUUGUAUGUAAAUGUCUCUUGACUGGUUAGAAUAGGUUAGGAUGUGCAGUUUUCUCUCAAACUGUGUUAGUGAGUAGACAUUUAAAAGCGAACGCCUGUUUCGGCCAUAAUAGGCGUCCAUGACUGAUUUUAGCAAACAAGAUUGGCAUAAUUUGCACUUAAUUUGGGAUUAAUUUACCAUUCCUCGCAUAAAUGUUAGCCAAAUUCAUACUACAUACAAGAUUGUUGUCUAUAGGUUUUUUUUUUCUUGUGCUUUUAUUUUUCUCCCGAGUCCCCAUACCAAAUGUGCAUAACAUGGGUUAAGCAGCCCUUGUGUAUGGUACUGUGAAAGUUAAUGGAAGCCUAUGAAGAAUCUCAUCUUCACGCAGACCAAAGGUAACUUGAUUUGCCAAAACGCUAUUUUUAAUAGUUUUAUAACAUUUAUUAUGUUAUAAUUUAGGAAAGAAUUUACUCCAUUUUAUUAGUUGUCACUGCAUUUUAUUUUAUUUUUUUGUCUCUUCGUUUAUAAUUGUGAGGUCGUAAUUUCUUGCCUGGUGUAGUUUGUGGACGUAUUUAAAUUUGCCAUUUAAAAUGUACAAAAGUAAAAGAUAACAAUAAAGCAAGUUUUUUAAAAUA